GUUUAUGUAAUCCAUUGAUGAGAGUUAAAGAAAGAACACUUGCAUGAAUUUCUUUAACUUUCAAGUGAAAUGUCGGCGAGAGUCGUUUAUUUUAUUACAUCUGUUGCGCUAAUUAUUGGACUUAGUACAAACAAGGUAAAUGGGAUGAAAACGCAAUGUGAUGUUUGUGAGUUAAAGCAGAUUGACAGCUGCACUGAAGACAUUCCGUUGGACUGUAAAGGCUGGUGGUCUCGAACACAUAUUGCUAAGGGAACUAUCUGUAUUUACAAAGUGUGUGGUUUACCGAAGUAUGCAGAAUGUGCAGUAGGUGGGCGAUGGGUUGGGUCGGAUGGGAAAGAAGUGAGAAGAACUUUUGAAAUAAAGUGCAACGACGAGGAGUUCGAGAAAGAAGAAAAGAAAGCUCGUGUAAAGAGGUUUGUUUUUCGUAGACGACAUCGACGUAAAAAAUACCAUCCACCCAAUUGUGGACAGCCGGGCUCCAUUGCGCAUACAAGUUUGAGUGUAACAAGUACUUCACAAGGGGGCGAGGCUACAUACACGUGCAACUCAGGAUACGGACAAACAGGCGGCACUUUGAAGCGUGUUUGCCAGUCCAACGCUCAGUGGUCCGGUAGUCCUCCUACAUGUUCAUAUAUGAAUUCAUGUAGCAGUAGCCCGUGCAAAAAUGGCGGCACGUGCAGUAAUAUCCCAAAUUCUUACACGUGCAGUUGUCUGAGCAUUUGGAAAGGCUCAAGAUGUGAAAUAGAUACCGAUGAAUGUGCAUCAUCGUCUCUGAACAAAUGUAACCAGAAAUGCAGCAACACAUACGGAUCUUUCACGUGUUCCUGUAACACCGGUUAUCGUCUGCUCACAGACAAGCACACCUGCAUAGAUAUCGACGAAUGUGCAGAGAAAACAUCCGGCUGUGACCACGCAUGCGCAAACUCGGCUGGAUCUUUCAAGUGUUCCUGUAAAGCUGGAUUCGAAUUAUCAUCAGAUGGAAAGUCAUGUCGAGACAUUGACGAAUGUGCAAGAGCAACUUCCGGUUGUGAACACACUUGUACUAAUACAGUUGGUUCCUUUACGUGCUCAUGUAAGACCGGUUACCAACUCGCAAUAAACGGAAGGUCGUGUUCGGAUAUCGAUGAAUGUGCAUCAUCGUCUCUGAACAAAUGUAACCAGAAAUGCAGCAACACAAACGGAUCUUUCACGUGUUCCUGUAACACCGGUUAUCGUCUGCUCCCAGACAAGCACAACUGUAUAGAUAUUGACGAAUGUGCAGAGAAAACAUCCGGCUGUAAUCACGCAUGCGCAAACUCGGCUGGAUCUUUCAAGUGUUCCUGUAGAGCUGGAUUCGAAUUAUCAUCAGAUGGAAAAUCAUGUCGAGACAUUGACGAAUGCGCAAGAGGAACUUCCGGUUGUGAUCACACUUGUACUAAUACAGUUGGUUCCUUUACGUGCUCAUGUAAGACCGGGUAUCAACUCGCAAUUAACGGAAGAUCGUGUUCGGAUGUUGAUGAGUGCAGUUCCGGAAAUGGGUCAUGUGAACAAGUUUGUGUAAACAUGCCUGGUUCCUACACCUGUGAAUGUAAUUCAGGCUAUGUUCUUGCAGCAGACGGACACGCAUGCUCAGACGUUGAUGAAUGUAAACAGAAGGUCGAUGGCUGUUCCCAGAAUUGCGCUAACACCCCAGGAUCAUUUAAAUGUAGUUGUAAGUCUGGGUAUGAGUUGCAGGGUGAUCAAAAAACAUGCAAAGAUAUCGAUGAAUGUGCAUCAGUGUCUCUCAACAAAUGCAACCAGAAAUGCAGCAACACACACGGAUCUUUCACGUGCUCCUGUAAAGCCGGUUAUCGUCUGCUCCCAGACAGGCACAUGUGCAAAGAUAUUGACGAAUGUGCAGAGAAAACAUCCGGUUGUGACCACGCAUGCGCAAACUCGGCUGGAUCUUUCAAAUGUUCCUGUAGAGCUGGAUUCGAAUUAUCAUCAGAUGGAAAAUCAUGUCGAGACAUUGACGAAUGCGCAAGAGGAACUUCUGGUUGUGAACACACUUGUACUAAUACAGUUGGUUCCUUUAUGUGCUCAUGUAAGACCGGGUACCAACUCGAAAUUAACGGAAGGUCGUGUUCUGGUGAGUAA